CCCAUGUGAGGGAUGACUGAGGCCGACAGCGCAGAGGGGGUGGGGUGGGGGGCAGAACGGCAGGAGCCACGAGCGAAGAGGUCCUUACGGCGGCAAGAGGUCAGGCGCAUGGUGGAGGAUGACGUCGGUCAAACUGGGCGGGUGGAAGGUGGCGGUGCAUGGAUACAAGGACCCUAUGCGGUGCCUCGCUCUUGCAGAGGAGGCGCAGCAGGUCGCCUAUGGUCACGUGGUCAGCGUUGUGCGCGAGGUGCCAUUAGCGCUGUACCUCUUUGAGACGCCGCCGGGCGACAGACUGCCAGACUAUCACACCAUCGUCCCGCCACAGGACGUGAUGUGCCUCCAAAUGAUCGAGUCCAAGAUAGGCAGCGCCGACAACAACAACGACAACGGCCAACCGCUGCAUUACGGCAGCCCGUACCAGCUGCGCGGCGACUUCCUGCGGCUGUACGACAACUGCAUGACGUACCACGCGCCCGGCCGCUCGCCGUACAGCAACCCCCAGGCCGGGGAGGUGGCGGGCCGGGUGCUGGCCGCAGUGGACAGACAGCUCAAACUCUUGUUAACGUCAGUGCCGGUGAUGGCGGCGCUGGAGUUUGCAAAUGGCCUGCGCCACUGGUUGCGCUGCCGCCACUGCCACAAGUGGCGCGCGGCUCCCUACGUGCACUUCGCGCCGCUGCGAGUGGCGGCGGCGGCGCCGCCAUCACGUGGCGGUGCUGGCGGCGGCUGCGGCGGCGGCGGCGGCGGCUGCGGGUUCCGGUGUGAGCAGCUGCCGGGGCGGGGCUGCGGGCAGCCGUGCGACCAGUGCGGGGGCGCGCAGGUGUGCAGCUGCGCUGCGGCGGGGCAACCGCGGUGAUUGGUGUGACACCGGCGAUGUGAUGAGAUGCCGAGCCAGCAGCGGGCGGGAGGGCGGGAGGGUGGCAGUGAAACGAGGAGCAGGUGAGGGAGGAGACAGAGUCGUGGCACAUGCGCAAGGGGUCAUUACUUAUGUGGGAUGUGGCUGGAUAGUUCGGAAGGGUGUGCAUGCGGCACCCCUACCACUGUGGAUGAACUCUUAGGAUAGUUAACGGGUGGAGCGGGUGCGUGGUCAGUCCAUUCGGCAUUUCGGCAAAACAAGGCCCUCACAUGUUUGCGCCGCUGGCAAUGUACACAUAAAGACACAUUGUUGGGCGAGGACUGACUGAGAGUCGAGUUGGUGUGUGUUGACUACAGCACGUGGCUCGGCUGUGCCGGACUGCACGGGUUAGGCAUUGCACAUUGUGACGCGCGAUGGAUCAAGUAUUAAGGGGCAACACUGCGUGAUGCAUCAUAAUGGAACUCUUCAUGCCUAGUUAGGCGGGCAAUGGGACCGCGCAGGCGGUCCCUUCUUGCCGGCCAGGCGCGGAGUGUUCUGAAAAAGUGAGAAUGCGACUGGGGCGAUCGAUCGGCAGUCGUUAAAAUGUGGCGGUCAUUGGAGUGCAGCGGCUGGGGAUCGCCUGGGAGUGCUGCUGCAGCGUGUGCGUGCUUCCCUUGGUUCCUUCUCUGCUUUCGUGUGUGUGCGUGCGGGUAGGGUUCCCAAGAGGUCAACCUGUUUGGUGGGGAGGCGGGUUUGUGGGGCUGAGCCUGGCGCCUCCAUUGGGAUGUGUGAUGUAGUCUUAUACAUCCAACUCAUAGUUCUUGUUCCAUGAUACAGUCGUACUGUAAAGCUGUCUCCCU